AUGUCGGCAGGGAAUAUAGGUGACAGCUCACUGGCUCUCGAAGCCCUUUUCCGGGGUAACCAAAGGCUUCUGCCAUCGGCUUUGUUGCAGUCACGAGCUGCUUCGUUUACUGGAGCGUACUGCCUAUUUCAUGGCCACCCACAACAGAGGAAUGGGAAUUCUAAUUCUUUUAUGUCUCAUCUCAUGGGUUCCCAAUCCAAGUCAGUAGAUAAGGGGACGAAAGAACUAGAAAACCACUUCGUCGGAUCGUCCUGA